AAUUUGCAGAACCCAAAUUCUCCCACGGAAUCACAAGAAUACGUAGCCUUUUGUAUAUAAACAGUACCAAGAUAUAAUUAUAUAGAGGGGAGGGAAGAGAGAGAUGCUGAAUCUUUCGAUUUUCUCAUCCGCCAUGGAUGCAGUCGCAUGGAGAGGAUUGGGUUACACAGUCUUCAUACUUCAUUUCGUGUUGCUUUGUCAGCUCCUGCUCCUGCAGCCUCUCGUUUCUGCUUUAGAUGGCAAGGCAGGAAAUGCUGCUGAUUUGUUUGAGAGGGUUUCACAGAGCGUAAAAGUGAAGCACUACAGUGAGGCACUUAAUGAUCUUAAUGCUGCUAUUGAGGCAGAUCCAUCACUUUCAGAGGCAUACUUUCAUCGUGCAUCUAUUCUCCGUCAGCUGUGCCGAUAUGAGGAAUCUGAAAAGAACUACAAAAGGUUUCUGGAGCUAAAACCUAGAAAUCGAGUGGCUGAAAAGGAGCUUUCUCAAUUGCACCAGGCUGAGAGUGCUUUGGAAACAGCUUUCAGUCUCUUUGAUUCUGGAGAAUAUGGAAAAGCUUUAGAAUAUAUAGAUAAAGUAGUCCUUGUUUUUUCGCCAGCAUGUGCGAAGGCUAAACUUCUUAAGGUAAGGUUGUUACUAGCAGCAAAAGACUAUACUGGUGCAAUAUCAGAAACUGGGUACAUUCUCAGGGAGGAUGAAAAUAAUCUUGAGGCAUUACUCCUUCGUGGCCGUGCAUACUACUAUUUAGCAGAUCAUGAUGUUGCCCAAAGACAUUACCAGAAAGGUCUCCGCCUAGAUCCAGAGCAUGGUGAACUGAAGAAGGCAUACUUUGGAUUGAAGAAUUUACUCAAGAAGACUAAAAGUGCAGAAGAUAAUGUCAAUAAGGGAAAGCUGCGCCUUGCUGUAGAAGACUUCAAAGGAGCACUAGCUUUGGACCCUAAUCAUCUUGCACAUAAUGUACACCUUCAUCUUGGGUUGUGUAAGGUCUUGGUCAAGCUUGGGAGGGGAAAGGAUGCUUUAAGUUGUUGCAGUGAAGCACUUAACAUUGAUGGAGAGCUCACUGAAGCUUUAGUUCAGAGGGGUGAGGCUAAACUUUUAACAGAGGAUUGGGAAGGAGCUGUGGAAGAUUUGCAAGCAGCAGCUCAAAAAUCACCUCAGGAUAUGAGUAUCCGUGAAGCACUGAUGAGGGCUGAGAAGGCUCUGAAAAUGAGCCAACGGAAAGACUGGUAUAAAAUUUUAGGAGUUUCGAAGACUGCAUCUAUAUCUGAAAUAAAGCGCGCGUACAAGAAGCUAGCUUUGCAAUGGCACCCAGAUAAAAAUGUUGAUAACAGAGAAGAAGCAGAGGCCAAAUUUCGAGAGAUUGCUGCUGCAUAUGAGGUGCUUGGAGAUGAGGAAAAGCGAACAAGAUAUGACAGAGGAGAGGACAUUGAAGACAUGGGUAUGGGAGGUGGUGGUGGUUUCAACCCUUUUGGUGCUGGGGGACAGCAAUUCACCUUUCAUUAUGAAGGAGGCUUUCCUGGAGGAUUUGGAGGAGGCUUUCCUGGUGGGGGAUUUGGUUUUCAAUUUUGAUUUGCUGAAAGCUUACUCUCACCUAAUGCACAUUACAAAUGAUGCAGUUGUUUUCUCAAGCCCCUAACACCAAUCCGCCUUAAGCCUGACAGCUACAGGCAGUAUGUAACAACCAUCUGAUGUGAACAUUGUAUUCUUUAACAAAGUUCUGCCGACAUCGAAUAUCUUGAUUUUGAAAUUUAUCAGAUUACAAUAGGAAAUUGAUUAGCAUUUAAUUUAGUUGCAUCUUUCUUGUACUCUUCUUUAUUGAUAAACUCGAGUCCCAAAGAUAUGUAUCAUAAACUCCAUGGACUUUUCAUUCCUCUUCAAGGAUUUAAUAAAAUCAUGCUAUGAGU